AUGCCAGGACUCCCCUUGUCAUACGGUAGUCCGGUUGUUGGCUGGUCUCCACGGCCUUUACAAAUCACUGGCAGUCGCGCUCGUGUGCAGGAACAAAAUCCCCAAUUGGACUUGCGGAAUAUCCAGCUCGUUGCGGGGUCUAAUGCAGAAGACAUCCGCGAUCGUUGGCUACGGCCGUAUAUUUUGCCGCCGAUGGGGUGGGCUGAAGUCCCGAAAGUGUACCAUCCCUUUACGCUGCAAUAUAUAUCGCUGGUCUUGAGAGCGUAUCCUCGCCGCAUGCUUAGAGACGGGGAUGUCCCGCCCAUUAUCCAUCAUGCGCAAAUCCAUGGAGGGCACAUCCCCCGCAGCCUCGCGAAUUGUUACACCCUCGUUCGCAUGUACGAGCAAGCGGUGCCUGGAAGCGAGGCCAUGGCUGUGACCAUGGUCGAAAAGGAGAUGGAGCGACUGGCCGAGGAGGACCCUCCCCAGGAUGAUUGUGAUCUUCUUGCCGCGUUCCAGGCAUAUCUGAUAUACUCCGUCAUGCUGUACUUUUCACCCAUACAUGGCACUUCGUCAGUCAACGACAAGACAAUGAUCACGCUGAUGGACCUCGCCUUCCGCACCGCAAAGAAUGGCCUCUUCUGCAGAGCGGAGGCAGCCAACGCGCGCCCGACUUGGGAAUCUUGGAUCGUGGCCGCUGCGAAACGGCGCGCCGUCUUUGCCAUGUAUAUCUUCUCGGGCGUGUACAAUGCCGAUAGAAAUCUCCCAAACUUCAUUGCAGAUGAGCUCAGGGAGCUAUUUGUGCCGGGACACAAGGUCCUGUGGGAAGCGCGUGAUCGCGAAACGUGGGAGAAAGAGUACGAUCGGCAGUUGAUAGAAUGGGACGAUGGGAUGUUGCAAAUCUCAGAGUUGUGGAGGUCGGACGAGACCGGAUCGCCAGAUCGCCGAAGACGUAUCGAACGGUGGCUGGGGUCCGUGGAUGAAUUUGGAAUGAUGAUAUUUGCAGUUUGCUCUCAUAUUCAUGGUUGUUAG